CCUCAAGGCCCUGGUUGAGGGAGUUGCUACCCGAGUGGGUGGAGGACUUUUUUGGUAGCUUUGAGGUCAAACCUGUUUCCCGGCAUGCUAGCCCCCUGCCUCCCAAUUCCCAACCUGACACCAUACGUCUCGGUGUGUUCCGUCUGGAGUCAACCCCUGCUUCUUCCCCAUUUCCUGCUCCUGUCCAGGAGCCGUUCUCGGGUACUCGUCUGGCUUUUGGAGGUCCACGGAGCCUCCAAAAGGCUCCUAAGAGAAGGAGUCGCAAGUCCAGGCCAGCAGCCCGAGCCCCAGAAGCCAUGCUUUGGGCUCCAGUUCUGGCCCCAACAGCCAUGGUUCCAGCAUCAGUUCUGGCCCCAGCAGCCAUGGUUCCGGCCCCAGUUCUGGCCCCAGCAGCCAUGGUUCCAGCAUCAGUUCUGGCCCCAGCAGCCAUGGUUCCGGCCCCAGCAGCCAUGGUUCCGGCUCCAGAACCGGCCCACAAAGCCAUGGAUCCGUGCACCAGUACUGGCCCACACAGCCAUGCUUCCGUGCUCCAUUACCUGGCUCACACAGCCAGGGUCCAGGCUUCUGUUCCGUACCCAGCAGCCAUGGUCCCGACUCCAGUUUCGGCUCCAGUACUAGCUCUCCGGCCGAUGCCAGCUCCCCGUGUCCUGUCGGCGUACUGGCCGACGCCAGCUACCC